ACAGAAGCGAAUGAGAAAAUUGAGAUUCAAAAUGAAGAAAUGAGAAAGAACUUGGAAGAAUCAGUGCAGGAAAUGGAGAAGAUGACUGAUAAAUAUAAUAGAAUGAAAAUUAUUGUUCAACAGACUGAUGUUCUAAUGGAUCAGUUAAAAAAAGAAAGGCUUCAGGUACAGGAACUUACAGAACUUCUAAAGGCAAAAGAUGAAGAAGAUGAUCCCAUUAUGGCUGCUGUUAAUGCAAAAGUUGAAGAAUGGAAGAGAAUUUUGGCUUCUAAAGAUGAUGAAAUAAUUGAAUAUCAACAAAUAUUGUGUAAUUUGAGAGAGAAACUUAGGAAUGCCCAACUUGAUUCUGACAAAAAUGUUAUCGCUCUACAACAGGGUAUACAAGAAAGAGAUGGUCAAAUUAAAAUGCUAACUGAACAGAUUGAACAGUACACAAAAGAAAUGGAAACAAACACACUGAUUUUUGAAGACUUGAGAAAUGAACUCAGGCACAAAAGAGGUUCUUCAACGGUAUUUCAGUUGAAUCAUUUUGUAGAAAUGCAAAGCAAGCUUCAAAAUUUAGAACAGAAAAAUAAAGAUGCUGAGAGGACAGCAGAGCUGGCUGAAGCUGAUGCCAGAGAAAAGGACAAAGAGCUUGUUGAAACACUGAAGCGAUUAAAAGAUUAUGAAGCGGGACUGUAUGGUCUAGAAGAAGCUGUGGCUGAAAUAAAGACUUAUAAGUCUCAAGUUAAAAUAAGGGACCGAGAAAUUGAAGCAUUAACUGCAGAAAUGAACAAACUUGAAUUAAAGAUGAAUGAUUUCCUUGAUGAAAAUGAAGAUCUUCGGGAACGUUUGG